UUAUAUCUUGUUGAUUGUUAUUAUUUUGUUGCUUUGAAGCUGUAAACAAAACUAUCGUCUUCACAAACACUUUAUAUAUUGAAGGAUUUUAGUGAAUGGAAAAUGCAUCACACAGAAACUCUACAGCAACUGGAUUGUUUCAGUAAAGACGAAAACGGAUUGACUCACACCGGUGAAAUUCUUCUUCGACGUGAUGGAAAUUAUUGCUUUUCCUGCAAUCACUGCAACGAAUACUUUGAUCUCGUCCAAGAAAUUAUUGCACACAUUAGGAAUGUAUUACUUGGUGAAACUGGCAAAAAUGAUCAGUGUAAAUUGCGAGUAGUUUCAGAGACUGAAUUCGUUGAUGUUCUAAUGCCAGUGAAAUAUGAACCGAAUGACGACUGUAUGUCUGAUGGAAGUUCAGCGAAUGAUGGAGAUGACAAUGGUAAUGAUAACUGUGCAGACGUAAUGAUAGAAGUUAGGACGGAAAAGCCAUUGUUAGACAAUAGAAGGUCUACAGAAAAUAAGACAACAAUAGCUGACACAAUUAGUCUUGAGAGUCUGUCGUACUCAAUGAAUACAUCAGCUUGUAACUCUCAAAAUGAUGGUGAUUGUGAUGGAAGCAACACAACAAUAGACCAAAUAAAAUGUUGCUGGUGUUCAGCAACGUUCGAUGACGUAGGACUAGUACAAAACCACCUUACAGAUGAUCACAAUAAGAAAUCAUCGGAUGUUUAUUGUUGCGAACGCUGCUGCCACUUCUUCAGAAAUCGCACACUCUUGAGCGAACAUAUAUUAUCCUGUCAUGGUGUAGAUGAACACGAACGAUUCCGAUUGGAGAUCGACUAUCAAGAAAAUACCAAGCCCAUGCAAUGCUCUGUUUGUCAAAUAUGGAAAAAUGGAACCAAGGCCUUUGAAAGUCAUACUAAAAACGCUCAUAAAAUGUAUCGAAUAUUACAGUGCUACGUUUGCGGAAUUUUCAAGAAAAAACCGUCGGGAUUACUCGAUCAUUUGAAGGUACAUGACCGAUUCCGCAAGUAUCGUUGCUAUGAGUGUGAUAAUGUUGAACCGAAAAUAACCAACCCAAAUGAUCGCCGAUCACACAAGUGCGUUCUCUGUGGUAUUUGGUUUUUAAAUCACACGUCAAUGAGAAAUCACUUGACUAGUGUCCAUGGACAGGACCAGAUAUACGACUGUGCCAUCUGCGACGAUUUUUCAUUUAAAACCGAAUCGGAUCUGAAAACGCAUGUCGUUAAUGUCCAUGACGUUAGGGCGGUAUUCGAGUGUAAAAUUUGUAGCAAACACUGCAGGACAGCGCAAAGCUUAAACGUACACAAAAGAACGCAUGCGAAAACAUCAUCCAGCACAAAUGUAUGUUCGAUCUGUGGAUCGAAAUUCCGUCGAAAGGAUUAUCUGAUGCGACAUAUCAAAAGUCAUAGCGACGCGAACAAAGACUUUAAAUGUUAUAUUUGCAAUAAGGGAUUCCAAAGCAACGGCUACCUCAAAAAUCACAUCAAACGACACACCGAACAGAAAAUUCACCAGUGCCAUGUAUGCGGUGUCCGGUUUCUUCUCCAUGGACUGUUACGAAAACAUAUGAAAGAGCACGAAGGAGAAGUGUGGAAAUGUACCCAAUGUCCGAAGGAGUUUUCAAACAAAUCCAAAUUGACUGCACACGAGAAGACCCACGUAACGGAACGUAACUUUCGCUGCGAUGUAUGUUCUAAAACGUACAAGACCUCAAAGAAUUUGCGGCAACAUAAACUGAUUCAUAGCGCGGAAAGGCGAAUAAAAUGCAGAAUAUGCAAUAUGACCUUCAACCAGGGACCAGAACACGAACUACAUUUGCAGACACACACCAGUGAACUGACUUGUUGAACAUUAAACAUUUUGAAAGCAAAAA